UCGUGACGUAACCGGUUCGGCAGUGCUUGGUAGGUCAAGGGAGGCUUGUUGUUUUGCUUUAUUGUUGACGAUUAGUUUACCAUCUUGUAUUAAGGCUUGUUUACAUUGAAUUAAAGCACCAAUUUUAUACGAAUUGACCACGUAACAUAUUGUUCUCCUACUGCAUCGAGAGCCCGGAAACGUCAAACAUGAAAUGGAUGUUCAAAGAGGAUCAUUCCUUGGAACAUCGGUGCAUAGAGUCAACCAAAAUCCGCAACAAGUACCCUGAUAGGGUUCCAGUCAUUGUGGAGAAGGUGUCAGGUUCACAAAUCGUGGAGAUUGACAAGAGGAAGUACCUGGUCCCCUCUGACAUAACAGUGGCCCAGUUCAUGUGGAUCAUCAGAAAACGCAUUCAGAUGCCCUCUGAGAAGGCCAUCUACCUGUUUGUGGACAAGACAGUGCCUCAGUCCAGCAUCACGAUGGGACAGCUGUAUGAGAAGGAGAAGGAUGAGGACGGCUUCUUAUACGUGGCUUACAGCGGAGAGAACACCUUCGGUUAUUGAAACCCACAACCGUGAUCAAACCCCCCCUCGACCGCCACCGCCACCACCACCACCACCACCACCUCCACCUCUACCACCACCCCCACCACCGACACCUUGGAAAAACUGCUGGAAUUUCCCAGAGAAAUUGAAUGGCUUGAAGGCAUCAGGGACGUUGACUGCGGGCUCACUUGGAAUGGAUUAUCGUCAGUGAGGAGGGCUCUUGUGUGCUUGCUUUGGCCCAUGCUGCGUUUUGCGAUGAUUGAUUCACUUAUGAGUCGUGAUUUCAAUUGUGUCACAGUGUGGUUUGAAGUUCUUGUAGGCGUUAGGUGUGUGUUGGUUAGUUUUCUGUUGUUUUUUCGGAUAGGGGGACCAGCCGUCCCCAUUUUCCUGGGCCAUCUGUUUUUGGAGGCCUGUAACUGAAAAAAAAUAAAAAUAAAAAUAUAUAUUAAUGAUUUUUGCAGAGGUUCUAGCUUGCUGAUGAAUAUUAAUUUCAUGACAGUUGGUAAUUAGUCUUGUGUCUAUCUAAUGGCGUUUGACAUGAGCUAGCUAAGUGGGGUCUAUAGACUUUAUACCAUAAGCAGGCAUGACCGAUCAUAAAGAAUAGGCUUUCUACAAUAUAGAACGAUUCCCUAUAAUUAACCUAUGUUGGCUUGUAUGGGUUUAAAACGCAUCAUAGUAAUAGAUAGUAUUAGUACAUUUACCAUGAUCAGAAUAGACUAAAUGUAAAUAUGUCUGCUUCUUCCAUUUCCCGAAACAUUAACAUCAGAUAUUUUGUUGAUAUAUGGAUCGCCAAACUACAAAUGUCCCCGUUUUUUUAUUUCAGAAAUCGGAUCACGUUAUGUUUGGAUGGCUUUUGUUUGGCUUUCAUCUUUUAAGAUUAUAUUUAAAUGGUACUAUUUGAAGGUAAGGUAGCUGGAUGACCUAACCAAUAAAAAAGUAUGCCGUAAA